UGGCUUAACUCACGAGUCUCACAAGAAGGAUGUGGAACAGGUCUACCUCCGCUGUUCUGAAGGGUCAAUAGAGUGGAUGUAUCCCACGGGAGCACUCAUAGUCAACCUGCGGCCCAAUACUUCACCUGCCUCUUACAAACAUUUGACUGUUUGCAUAAAGCCCUUCAAGGACUCUGCAGGAGCAAAUAUUUAUUUGGAAAAAACUGGAGAACUGAAACUCUUGGUCCGGGAUGGAGAUCGCAGCCCCAGUAAAGUAUAUUGCUUUGGCUAUGAUCAGGGGGGCCUGUUUAUUGAGGCCACCCCUCAGCAGGACAUUAGCAGGAAGAUUACAGGCUUCCAGUACGAAUUGAUGAGCAAGGGGAUAGCGUCUGAUUUGCACACAGUUUCUGCUCCCUGCCGACCAUGCAGUGACACAGAGGUCCUCUUGGCUGUCUGCACUAGUGAUUUUGUGAUCAGAGGCUCCAUUCAAGAUGUAACGAACGAGGCGGAAGAGCAAGAAUCCGUAAUUCACGUCGGUGUCAACAAACUGUACAGGCAGAAGAGCAAAGUCUUUCAGCUCACGGGGGAGAGCGGGAACUGGCGAGGACAGAUAAAGACCCUGCUGGAGUGUGGGGUGAAGCCAGGAGACGGAGACUUCCUUUUCACGGGACGCAUGCACUUUGGGGAGGCCAGGUUAGGCUGUGCCCCUCGUUUUAAAGACUUCCAAAGGAUGUACAAAGAGGCAAAAGACAAAGGGCUAAACCCAUGUGAAAUUGGCCCCGAUUGAAACCCCCUGUUUGGCUGAAGAUCGCUUUUAGCGUUUGGCCAGGAAUAUUUCCUGGCCGCGGUGAAAACUCUGAACGAAACCGGUAACUGAGAGCGUGGACAGAUCUGGAGCGCAGGCUGAGGCCCCGCAGGACACGUCUGCUGUCAGACUAAUGGAAGCAACAGAGGUACGAGCUCAGAAGGCUGCCAAGCAAGCAAGGCUGGAUUUUUAACCAAUCUUGUCCUUACGAAUUAAGUUAUUAUAUUUUUCUAGCGACUUCCUUAGGAAAACAAACAAAGAAAACUCCCAUGUCUUAAUAAAAAACCCAAAUGAAAGCCAAGAUGCCUUUGUAUCUUUUUAAUACUAAUUUUUAAAAAUGUCUUAAGCUGAUGUAGCAUUUGGUAUGACGUAUUCUGUAUAAAUGGCCGAGAAUGUGAUAGAGCACAGUAAAACAUCUUAACAUUGAUGCUUUGUAAAAAGCUUGGUGUACAAUUCAAAGUUGUUUCUUAUGACAGAAAUUUAUGGAGCCAAACUCUUCUGUGUGUGUUCUCUUUUUUUAUUUGAAAGAAUGUACAAUCGCUGCCUGCAAUUUUUUGUCCAGGCUGGCAAAUUCUUUCCAUUCCAGAGAAAUAAAGGUCCCUGGAUUUGA